AUGGAUCUCUCCUCCAAGAAACGGAAAGCCGACGAGAACGACCCGCUGACCGUGAAGCUCUUUCGUCGCGCCUCGGCUGGGAGACACACCAGCCUCCUCCGCUCCGUCUUCUCCCCCUACGGAGAGAUCAAGGAAGCCAUCGUCAUCUGCGAUAAGAUCACGGGCAAGUCGAAAGGUUACGGCUUUGUCACUUACGUUCACGCUGACGCGGCGAUUCUUGCACUAAAGGAGCCUAGCAAGAAGAUUGAUGGUCGGGUUACUGUGACUAAUCUCGCUGCUGCGGGGAACGCUGGAGCGGGACCUGCUGCGGGGGCUGUGGCGGUGCCGGCGGCGACCGUGGAUGUCUCGCAGAGGAAGGUGUUUGUUGGGAAUGUGCCGUAUGAUAUGCCGUCAGAUCGAUUGCUGUCGGUGUUCUCGAGCUUUGGGGAGAUUGAGGAGGGGCCGUUGGGGUUUGAUAAGCACACGGGGAAGUUUAGAGGGUAUGCACUUUUUGUGUAUAAGACUGUGGAGGGUGCUCGAGCUGCGGUUGCUGAGCCCAGGAGGAUAGUUGAUGGGCAGUUGAUGGAAGUUAAGUAUGCGAAUGAAGGAAAGAAGAAGCCGGGGAUGGGUGAUAAUAAACCUGCGACUGUUGCAGAGAAUAAGCCUGUGGAUGGAAUUAUGGUGGGCCGGAAGCGCCGGUUGUCCUCGUAUGGCAGGUUCUACCCUUCUAGUGCGCUCAGUGGGUUCUCGGGGGCCGGUGGUUUGGGGAGUCACGGUAUAAACUCACCAUUGCAAUCUUCGAUCGGUUCAGGAUCAACAGGGCAAGUUCCUUCGUCGCAUAGUGGGGGGGCUGGACUUGGUAGUUUUGGAAGUGGUGGAGGUUUUGGAGGUCCUUAUGGGUCUUCAUCGCAGUUUUCAGGAGGUUCUGGUUCAGGUGGUUAUGGUGGUUUUGGGAUGGGGUCUUCGCUCUAUAACAAUAGGCUGCCAGCUAGUUCGGGUGGGAUGGGGUCUGGUGCGUUUUCAGAGGGUGGGCCUUAUUCGUCCUUGGGGCAUUCUGGUCAGCAUCUUCAAUCUGCAGGCUCACCACCGGGACCUAGAAUUCCGUCUGGUGGUGGGAUGUAUCAAGGCCUGCCACCUUAUUAUUGAGGUGUAGGACAACUUUCGGGAGCAAUGCUUUAACUGGUUGUGCUGAAUGCGAGACAUAUAAUCUGCUUUGAUGAAUGGUUUGCAAACUUUGUUGGUGCUUCUGCAUAUCUGCUCUGUAAUAUGGCCUGCUCUCUGAUUGCUAGUUGUUGGGUGUUAUUAGUACUUACUAGUCUGGUAGUACACUAGGAAUUCUUAACUGAGAAACAACAUAAUGAUGGGGCCGUAGCUUUUGUCUUUCGUUCUUUCCUGAGUAUUACCUUUGAUCUCCCUUGCUUUUGGAUUUAAAUAUCCCGAGUUCUGUUUGUCUGCUACUGGUUGAUGAUGACUACUUUUGUUAUAUAUUUUUUUAGUCGCUAUCUACAAAUAUUAUGUAUGGUUUACUUUACAUGCUAUGCGUAUGAUAUAUAAAUUUUA